AGUAUCGAUUUUGUAUCUAUAUUAGCAUUCUUUAUCAUUUAUAAUACCUAUAAAUGUUUUAAAAUGCAAUUUAAAGCAUUUUUGGUUCAAUCAUAGUAGGCUAUUUUCAAAAAAAAUAUCGAUUUUGUAUCUAUAUUAGCAUUCUUUAUCAUUUAUAAUACUUAGAUAUGUUUUAAAUUAACGUCCACAACACCUGGAUCUGGAACGUGAUUAGCAGACCCUUCAAGACCUUUUUGCCCAAAAACAGAUACACGUUCAUAACGAAUACUAUUCACUUUCUCAAAAUUAUAAAACCUAAGAAUAUUCCCGAACGUGAGGUUCUUGUGCUCAUUUUUAUAACACAUAUGUUGAUGGCUCUCGUAUCGAGAUCAUAUCCUAAUUCUACACAUGUGGCACCGACUAAGAAUAAAGAAAAUAAAUGUUUAUAUGUUAUAUCAAUUUUAACCAACCCUACCUGAUUUUUCAUUGUGGACUUACUCACUGUGGACUUAUUAUUUAUCGGUGCAAUUGUCUACUAUCGUUCCAUUAAUUAACGGCUGUUAAAUAUUCGAAUAGUUGAGUAGCUGUGCAUUACCCUUCGAUCAUCAAGAGUAAAAUGAACCAAAAAACGGAAGAUCCAAAAGUUAAGGAAACUAUCAGCGAUCCAGAAGAAGUUUCCGAUGAAAAUGUCGCAGAAGUAGACAAUAAGAGUACAGCCAAUAAGAAGAAAAAGAAAAAAAAGAAAAGUAAAGCCAAACAAUCGGAAAAUAAAGAUCCAGAACAAAAUGAUAUCAAGGAAGAAUCGACUAAAACUGAAGAUCCAGUAAAGCAAAAGGAAGAAUCAUCUGAUGAAGAGGAUAAUGCAGGCGAAGGAGGUGAAAAAAAGAAGAAAAAACGUAAGCGAAACAAGAAAAAGGCAAAUACCGCAAAUGGUAAUUUAGGAAUUGGAACCAAACCAGCAACUGCUGGAUCUCAAUAUAAUCAAACCAGUCCACCGUCAAUUGCAAUUAUUGAUCUAUUCAAAGAUGGUAAAUAUCCAGUUGGAGAAAUUAUGAAAUAUCCAGUUGAUGAUCGUACAGCAGUCGAUAGAUUUACUUCUGAAGAAAAAAAGGCAAUUGAUGCUACACAGGAAGAUGUCUAUAAUGAAUUACGUUUAGCAGCUGAAGCUCAUCGUGAAACUCGUCAAUAUAUGCAGAAUUAUAUCCGUCCUGGUAUGACAAUGAUUGAAAUUUGUGAGGAACUUGAGAAAACAGCUCGAUGCUUAAUUAAGGAGAAGGGAUUAGAUGCUGGUUUAGCAUUUCCAACUGGUGUAUCAAGAAAUCAUUGUGCUGCACAUUAUACACCAAAUGCUGGUGAUCCAACAGUCUUGGAAUACGAUGAUGUUGUAAAAAUUGAUUUCGGUACUCACAUUAAAGGACGAAUUAUUGAUUGUGCAUUCACAUUGGCUUAUAAUCCACGUUAUCAGAAACUUUUGGAUGCCGUUAAAGAUGCCACUAAUACUGGCAUUAAAGAAGCUGGUAUUGAUGUAAGAUUAUGUGAUGUUGGUGCUGCAAUUCAAGAAGUUAUGGAAUCUUAUGAAAUUGAUUUAGAUGGAAAGACCUAUCAAGUUAAAAGUAUCAGAAAUCUUAAUGGACAUUCAAUUGCACCAUAUAGAAUUCAUGCUGGAAAAACAGUUCCAAUUGUCAAGGGCGGUGACUCGACAUUAAUGGAAGAAGGUGAAUUUUAUGCAAUUGAGACUUUCGGAUCGACUGGAAAAGGUGUAGUCCAUGACGAUAUGGAAUGCUCACAUUAUAUGAAAAGCUUUGAAUCAUCUUAUCAACCAUUACGCUUGCAAUCAUCUAAACAAUUAUUAGGAACGAUUACGAAGAAUUUCAGUACAUUAGCAUUCUGUAAGAGAUGGCUGGAUCGUUUAGGCGCAACCAAAUAUCAAAUGGCAUUAAAGGAUUUGUGUGAUAAAGGAAUUGUCGAAGCUUAUCCUCCAUUAUGUGACAUUAAAGGAUGUUACACAGCUCAAUAUGAACAUACAAUUUUAUUGAGACCGACAUGUAAGGAAGUUGUUUCACGCGGAGACGAUUUCUAAGCCUGUACAAAAUGUUUGCUGCCUAAGUUUCUUCAUCGAAUUAUCUAAUCAAUUUUUGAUUAUGUUUUUCUGCGUUUGGUUCCUUCUGAAAUGUCCUUAAUGCAACAUAAUUCUGAAUUAUUUCAUUUAAAAGUUUAAAAAACAAAUUAUCGUGUUAACAAUUAAAUUUGAGGAAAAAAGAAAUAAAACAAAAUAUGCUCAAAAAGC